GCGGCAGCGGGGAGGACGUGGACUCGUUCGUGAAUCGCGCGGCCCGCAGUCGGUUUGCGGUGUUUUACCGACGGCGCCGCGGUGCAUUGUGGGCAGCGCAGUCCGACGCCGGGGAUCCUCACAGGGACAGCGGCGCGCGCUCUACUGCAUCACCCACAGUGCACCGCGGCAGAGCCCAGAGAGAAGGGGAGAUUUGAGGAAUUCGUCCGCAGCGGUGGAGCUGCGCUGUCGCCAAAAAAAAAAAUAAUAAUAAUGGCAGCUGUUCAACUGGCUGCUAGUGAUUCCUUGUGAACGUGUGCAUGCUCUGGGUUGUAAGACGUCUCACUACAAUCAAUACUCCAGAGAAGAAGAAGCAGCAGCAGUAGCUGCCGUCGCAGCCCCAGCAGCCCUUCUACCCCCCCCGCAGACUCCAGCAGCGUGCAGAGCAGGAUGGAGGCGUCGUUUGGCCCGACCUUCUCAGCCGUGGCUGCUGGAGCUAAAGAAGGGUCCAGCACCUACAAGCAGCACAGGAGAACGCCCUCCUCCUCCAGCACUCUAACCUACUCCCCUCGGGAUGAUGACGACGGAAUGCCUCUCAUCGGUACUCCUCGGAGGUCUGAUUCAGCCAUCUCAAUCCGAUCUCUCCAUUCCGAGUCCAACAUGUCUCUGCGCUCCACAUUCUCUCUUCACGAAGAGGAGGAGGACACGGAGCCCCAGGUGUUUGCUGAACAGCCGUCAGUGAAACUGUGCUGUCAGCUCUGCUGUAGUGUCUUUAAAGACCCUGUCAUCACUACGUGUGGGCACACCUUCUGCAGACGAUGUGCCUUGAGUUCAGACAAGUGCCCAGUGGAUGCGGCUAAGCUCACAGUUGUGGUAAACAACAUCGCAGUGGCCGAGCAGAUAGGAGAGCUCUUCGUCCACUGUAAAUACGGCUGCAGGGCCACAGCAAACGGCGCAGGAGGGGCCACAGCCUCCAAUGCCACAGUGGCCGGGAAGCCUGGAGCGUACGAAGUGGACCCACUGGGCUGCCCGUUCACCAUUAAACUGUCCACACGGAACGAACAUGAGGACAGCUGUGACUACAGGCCAGUCCGCUGCCCCAACAACCCCUCCUGCCCCCCGCUGCUCACCAUGAACCUGGAGGCUCACCUCAAAGAAUGUGAGCACAUCAAAUGUCCACACUCCAAAUAUGGCUGUACGUUCAUCGGUAACCAAGACACAUAUGAAACACAUUUGGAGGUGUGUAAAUUUGAGGGGCUGAAAGAGUUUCUGCAGCAGACUGACGACAGGUUCCACGAGAUGCAGCUGACUCUGUCCCAGAAGGACCAAGACAUUGCUUUCCUGCGCUCCAUGUUGGGCAAACUAUCGGAGAAAUUAGAUCAGCUAGAGAAGAACAUGGAGCUCAAGUUUGAUGUGUUGGAUGAGAACCAGAGUAAACUGAGCGAGGACCUGAUGGAGUUUCGUAGAGACGCCUCCAUGCUCAACGAUGAGUUGUCUCACAUAAACGCCCGGCUCAACAUGGGAAUCCUGGGCUCAUAUGACCCCCAGCAGAUCUUCAAGUGCAAGGGGACGUUUGUCGGCCACCAGGGUCCCGUGUGGUGCCUUUGUGUUUACUCCACUGGAGACUUGCUCUUUUCUGGAUCCUCAGAUAAGACCAUCAAGGUGUGGGACACCUGCACCACCUACAAGUGUCAGAAAACCCUCGAGGGCCACGAUGGCAUCGUCUUGGCUCUGUGUAUCCAGGGAAACAGGCUGUACAGUGGCUCUGCCGACUGCACCAUCAUCGUGUGGGACAUCCAGACCCUGCAGAAAGUCAAUACUAUCCGUGCCCAUGACAACCCAGUGUGUACACUUGUCUCCUCCCACAACAUGUUGUUCAGCGGCUCCCUCAAGGCCAUUAAGGUGUGGGACAUCGUGGGCACGGAGCUGAAACUGAAGAAGGAACUAACCGGUCUGAAUCACUGGGUCAGAGCACUGGUGGCCUCCCAGAACCACUUGUACAGCGGCUCAUACCAAACCAUCAAGAUCUGGGACAUCCGCUCUCUGGAGUGUGUCCACGUCCUCCAGACCAGCGGCGGCAGCGUCUACUCCAUCGCCGUCACCAACCACCACAUCGUCUGUGGCACCUACGAAAACCUCAUCCACGUUUGGGACAUUGAGUCUAAAGAGCAGGUGCGGACCCUCACAGGUCACGUGGGAACAGUUUAUGCUCUCGCUGUCAUCGCCACCCCCGACCAGACCAAAGUGUUCAGCGCCUCCUAUGAUCGUUCCCUCAGGGUGUGGAGCAUGGAUAACAUGAUCUGCACCCAGACUCUGCUCAGACACCAGGGCAGUGUAACGGCUCUGGCGGUCUCCAGGGGGCGCCUCUUCUCCGGCGCCGUCGACAGCACCGUCAAGGUGUGGACCUGCUAAAUGAACAUCUGGCUCCACAGCUGAGCUCAGACUUCACAUCCCAUCAAAGUUUCCAUGACGUUUCCUCGUCCACGCCCGUUUCUUUGAUUGUGAUUUAACAGCCGCAGACCAACAGUAACCACCACCCACCACCGAGCUGCAUUGGAACUAUUUUACUAAGUGUUGCUUUUAAAAACGUCAAACAGUCCCACGCGUUGACCCCCGACCUUCAGGAUCGCAGCUCCAGGUCACGCUCUCUGUGACCCAGUGCAUUAUGGGGCAAAACAAGACGAGCUGCCUUAACGGUUGCAACGCACUGCGCCAAAUCUGAGAUUGAAUGAGCGCUGUGAUCAGAGCAGGAAGCAGAGAGGAUUAUGGGUAGUAGGCGGUCCUGUCUGCUUCCUGCAGAUACACCUGCCAUUUAAGAACUGUACUGACGAUGCCUAAUGUAAACUAUUCACACGCGUGUAACGGCUGGUUUCACAAACAGGGAGUGACGCCGCAUCGGCUCAAACCUUUUUACGUUAUGAGACUUUUAAAUCCCAGAAUCCACCAAAUCACAGACGAGUUAAUAGACGUCAUCCAAGCAGUGACCAGGUUAUUUGAUGCAAAUGAAGUAGCAGCAGUUUUAUGCUGAAAUAUGCGGUAAUCGAGCCCGACCCAGACAAUCUGAAGGUCCCUGGACGGGGGCGGGGCUCAAAGGUGCCUGCUUCAAAAAUCCUGUAUUUGUUGGGCUUUAGUAACCAUGACAACACGUAUGCAGGUCACCCAGUGAUUGUAGGAGUGAAACUCAGUCGCCAAAGCAGCUGCUCCCACUUUAAUAUUAAUAUUAACUGUAAAAGACAAAUCCUUCUCGGUCCCGUUUCUUUCUGCUUGUCAUUAUUUUUAAUUUACUGUCAGAUUAGGUUUUAUUCAUCGUCAGUUAUUCUUUCACGAGCUUGUCGAGACGCCGGAGAGAAACAGACGAGGCAGCGUUAACCUCCGCUGUCACUCACCUGACUGCGAUCUCUCCACGUGUGGCGCUGACGGUGUAGGAUGAUGUCACGGAGAUUUGGCCAGUGAAUGAUUUCACAGUUAAGCUGCGUUCACACCAAACGCAGAGAAAGUAUUAAAACAAAUAUCGCGUCUCCUCGCUCGCACAGAUUGGACGUGAACGGGAGACGAGGGUUUGCCUCUGAACAUCGGCGUGUGUGUGUGUGUGUGUGUGUGUGUGUGUGUGUGUGUGUGUGUGUGUGUGUGUGUGUGUGUGUGUGUGUGUGUGUGUGUGUGUGUGUGUGUGUGUGUGUGUGUGUGUGUGUGUGUGUGUGAGAGAGAGAGACCCGGACGUCAUUUGUGUCGCCUGGUGCACGGGAUGCAAAAUUCACAUCUGUUCACACCUCUGCUUUGACUUUGUGUGUAAUCUCAUUGUGCGAAAUAAACAGAGCAGAACUCAAAAAGUACAGGUGUGAAAGUGUGAAAGUUUGUAUCCGACAGAUGUGAAGUGAUUUGUCCUCUGUUGGUUCAGAGCAGAGCAGCUGGAGUAUUAAUAAUUAAUAAUACGCAUCAAGACAUUUCCAGAGAAAGACUGUUUGUCUCUUAACUUCCCUUUUCUCUUACAUAUCAACAUUUCCGUCGCCCAGUUCAGUUUUGUGAAACCAGCCUUUACCAAAAACUCCUUUGAAUAAUAAGUGAAGACUUUAGAGAAAAUGACAGAUCUAUAGAUUUACCGAGUUUUAUAUUAGUGCCAUGAUAGAGCUGUAUCCAGAGCCACGCCACACUUGUACAGUUGUGUAAAGUAACGUGCCGAGUCCGGACAUGUGCCCGUCACCAGGACUCGCAGUCACCAGAGAGACCGGCGGGGGGGAGGAGGAGUUAGUGUGCAUGUAUGUGUCUGUUGUUGUGUACAUGGGUGUGUGUUUCAAUGAGUGCCAUACGUGUGGAUGAGAAGCUAAGAAAGACUGUAAUGAUUCAUAUUUCUCUCUCGGAUCUCCCUGAUCUCCCCGAACACGUUCAGACUGUAGCACUCGACGAAGUGAAGGCAGCCGGUGAUUACAGAUGUUCAGGAGUAUUACGUUUUCAUUUCAACACACAUCUGGACGCCACUUCCUGUAGCCUUGGAGAUGAGGGUGGGGGGGGAGGGAAGAGAGAGUUUGCUCACUGGUCAGUGUCAGUGAUUUCUUGUAAACUUGUAACCAUGUUAAGCCUGAGUUGGUCAUUGAUCAAUAAAACUGUUGUACACUUUGA